CUUUUCUUUUACAUAAUUAAACUCAAUAUUUGAUUAUGAUUCCUUAACAAAUGACAUGAAAAAUUUAUUGAUGAGAAUAGCAUCGGUGCAAGAUACAUAUUGAAUAUCAUUACUUUAUCAAUUUGAAAGUAUACUUCAGAAAAAAGAAGAAAUUACGCUUAUAAAAGAUCGAAUACACAAGUAUAGUAUGAUUCCUUAACAAAUGUACACUAUUGAUAUUGAUGACAAUAGUCCUAUACAUUAUAGUAUGCAAUGUGACGUAGUCCACCACCGCCCCACCACCAUAUUUGGCAAGAUUAAUGUCACUAUUGGUGACAAUACCAAAUACCAAUAAUUUAGACAAACCCAAAAUCCGUUGACAAACAUGAAGACUCCCAAUCCCAAACUCAUCCUAAUUUGUUUCCUUUUCCUCUUCAACCUUAAUCAAACACAAGUAAUGUCACUAGCAACCAUAGAAACAUGCUUAGACACUGUUUGCCACAUGAAUGAACCACUAAUCCGAUUCCCGUUCCAUAUAGAAGAAAAACAAACAAAUACAUGUGGAUACCCUGGGUUCAAAGUAUUAUGCAAUGAAAGUGAAAAAAAUCAAACACUCCUUAAUCUACCUUAUAUGGAAAAUCUUAGUAUCCAAAAAAUAAACUAUGCCAAACAAGAACUUUUUGUGAAUGAUCCCAAUAACUGUCUCCCAAAACAACUUCUCUCACUCAACCUCUCUACCUCUCCUUUUGAUGCCGUUUACUAUCAACAAUUUACCUUUUUUAACUGUUCAUACAACUUGGAAUACCUUACCUCUAGGUACAAACCAAUAGCUUGUCUUAGUGAUUACUCCAAGUACAACGUUUUUGCAACACCUUCACUUACUGUGUUUGUGCACUUGUCGUCUGUCUGUGAUUUGGUUGAUACCGUUAACGUGCCGGUUCAAUCGCCGUUUUUUGAUCAAGUGUUGUCGUCUGAACUAAAUGAUGAUCUCCGGUUGUCGUGGAAUUCACCGCCAUGUGGAAGAUGUGAGUCUCAUGGUGGACGUUGUGGCUUCAAAAAUAACUCUACUUUUGAAAUUGCUUGUUACAAUGUUCCUUCACGACAAGGGAUUUCCCGUGGUGCAAGUUACGCCAUAGCCAUAUGUGCAGGGGUGCCAGCUUUGUUGUGCUUCGUUUCACUAUUAAGUUGGAUAUGUAGCAAGUUCAGAAUUGGUACCCAUGGUUGGAUUUGGGCACGUGAGACAGUUGCAGAUUUUGAGUCUCUUCUUGAUCAUGAAUACACCAACACUUCAGGUCUUGAUAAGCCAACAAUUGAAUCCUACCCAAAAAUAGUGAUAGGUGAUGACAUACAUUUACCAAAACCUAAUGGUAAGACAUGUCCAAUAUGCUUGUCAGAAUAUAUGCCUAAAGAGACGGUGAAAACUAUGCCAGAAUGUGAACAUUGCUUUCAUGCACAAUGCAUUGAUGAAUGGCUUCCACUGAAUGCGUCGUGCCCAAUUUGUAGAACUUCUCCUCCAAGGUUACAAUCACAAGCGAGAGGUGGUAGUGACUAGUGACUAGUGACCGCAAUACUUAAUUUACACAUGAACCAAUUGUUGAGUUAACUUAUACUGUAAUUUGGAUUUGAAAUCACCAAAUUAGUGUAAAUUUUCAAAGAAUUGUCAUUUA